CUUCACCUACCGUUGACAUCAUGCCGGACUACAAGGUGUACUAUUUCAAUGUGAAAGCUUUGGGGGAACCGCUACGAUUCCUGCUGUCGUACGGAAACCUUCCAUUCGACGAUGUAAGGAUCACCCGCGAAGAAUGGCCAGCACUCAAGCCAACAAUGCCCAUGGGCCAGAUGCCGGUGCUGGAGGUCGAUGGUAAGCGCGUGCACCAGUCGUUGGCCAUGUGUCGGUAUGUAGCGAAGCAGAUCAAUCUGGCCGGUGAUAAUCCGUUAGAAGCGCUGCAAAUCGAUGCAAUUGUCGAUACGAUCAAUGACUUCCGUCUAAAAAUUGCAAUCGUCGCCUACGAACCGGACGACUUGGUGAAGGAGAAGAAAAUGAUCACGCUCAACAACGAGGUGAUUCCCUUCUAUCUGACCAAGCUGAACGUGAUCGCUAAGGAGAACAAUGGCCAUCUGGUGCUUGGCAAACCGACCUGGGCCGAUGUGUACUUUGCCGGCAUCCUAGACUAUCUCAACUACCUGACCAAGACCAAUCUGCUCGAGAACUUCCCGAACCUGCAGGAUGUGGUCAACAAGGUGCUGGACAAUGAAAACAUCAAGGCAUACAUUGCGAAGAGACCGAUCACCGAGGUGUAAAACAAGAGACCU